AUGGCAGCAAGUCGUUUCAUACCAAGAGCUACCUUUUCAUAUGAUCGAGUUAUCAACUGGUUUCCAGGACACAUGGCCAAGGGUCUCCGGGUGAUUUCAGAACGAUUGAAUGCAGUCGAUCUUGUCGUUGAAGUGCGCGAUGCUCGUAUUCCUUUGUCGUCCGUCAAUCCCAACUUUGAACGAGUCGUUGGUCGUAAGCCGAGGCUAAUUGUAUACAACAAGUACGAUCUUGCUGAUCCGGACACCAAAGGACCAGUAACGAGAGCAUUGAAACGACACAAUACACCCGUGCUAUUUACGAGCUGCCAAAACGAUCAACAUGUACGCAGCAUCCUUCGAUACGCAGCGUCGUUAGCCGAUCCCAUUCCACAACUGAAUCUCAUGGUUGUUGGUAUGCCGAAUGUCGGCAAGUCGUCGUUGUUGAAUGCGUUACGGCGAGUUGGUGUUGGCAAAGGCAAGGCGGCUGCAACAGGAAAUCAACCGGGGGUUACACGUUCAGUGGUAGGCACCGUCAAAGUGCUUGAGCAUCCAGCCAUUUAUCUUAUCGACACACCAGGUGUGAUGGUGCCUCAUAUUGCAGAUCCAGUGCGUAGCUUAAGAGUGGCAUUGACGGGUGGUAUCCGGGAUCAUUUGGCGGAUGAGCAAGUAAUGGCUGAUUAUUUACUGUAUGAGCUUAAUCGGCGACAUGCUCACGAGGUGUACACAUCCUACUUUGGGUUAUCGGAACCUACCAAUGACAUUCAUGUGCUUUUAGAGGCGGUGGCACGGCGCAUUGGAGCGGUUGUCAAAGGGGGCGAACUGGACCUUACCAUGGCAAGCAAGUUUUUACUUAAGCAAUAUCGACAAGGCAAAUUGGGAAGAUUCACCCUGGAUGACACGGAACCGGAUACCCUGCAGGCCUUUUUCGACAAGACACAGACACCCAAUUUGAAUCAAAUCUCGAGCCGAAGACAAGAAAAGAAGCUCGCCAAAUUAGCUCGAAGAAAAGAAGAACGCCAAAAGCGACAACAUAAGGAUUGA